AUGUACUUUGCGUCGAAGCCUCCGGAUGACCCGAGCAUCGGCUACAAGGAGGUCAAGUCGGGCUCCGGGAGGAGCCGAAAAGGGCGGAAGCACGGCCAGGACGAGUCCGAGUUUGAGAAACGGGAGCAAAGGAGGACUCGUCGCGCGGUCAGCGUGGCUCCUCCGAAAGAUGAAAUGGCUGCUUCCGCCCUCCGCGGACAGCAGCUCGUCGACAAGGAGCUGCCGAACCCCGCCUUCGAGCCGGUCAACCUCGAGAAUUGCACCAUGGGCGACAACAUCUUUGACAAAUCGCUCAAAAACGAGCCCUACUAUCACGGCUUCAUGCUGCCAAGCACACUCGAGUGGACCCUGAAGAGGGAUGGGGACUUUAUCGUCGCCCACAUCAUCCAGCAUGUCGCUACUGAGAGGGAGCUCGUCGCCCACUACCUGACAUCCAGGGAGGCGUUGACCAAAGACUCCAACUACGUGCUCAAGAACCCGGUCGCCAGGCCGCACUGGAUCCUCUGCAAGGACUUUGUGAAGCUGGUCGGCCGACUCGGCGCCGGGGCCUACGGCAAGGUGUACAAGGCCGAGACCACCGAAGGGCGCAUCGUCGCCGUCAAGUCCAUCAACUUGGAGACGUGCAAGGACCGUGCCCGUGAGCAGUCGCAAAAGGCCGAAUUCUUGCAGGAGGCGGCUCUCCACCUGCCCCUCAAGCAUCGUCACAUCAUCGAGUUCAUCGGCUUGGCUUCGUUGGCUGAGCCGCUCUUCUUCGUCAUCGACUUUGCGCCCGGCGGCACCCUCAUCAGGUACCUUCGCAAGAACGCGGGCCGCAACGAGAAGCAGCAGCUCGUCCGUUUUGUCACCGAGGCCGCAGCUGCUUAUCGUUUCCUCGAAAAGCACAAAUACCUCCAUCGCGACAUCGCCGCCAGGAAUUGCCUGUUGGGGAAGGAUAAUACGGUGAAAGUCUCCGACUUUGGGCUGGCCGUCGUCUGCCACGAGGAGAAGAUCGUCGAGCCGGGGCUGAAGUUGGGCAUUCGAUGGCUGGCUCCAGAGACCCUGAAAGCCAUGGAAUUCUCGAAAAAGACGGACGUGUGGGCCUUUGGCGUGAUGAUGUUCGAGAUCUUCUCCGACGGGUCCGAACCGUACACUGGCAAGAAGGUGGCCGAGGUGCGACAGGGGCUGACGGACGGGUCGAUGCUGCGCUGCCAAGUGCCUCCGAAUACCCCGCCCGACGUCAAGGAGUUGAUGCAGUCGUGCUGGACGGAGGAUCCGGCGCAGAGGCCCACGUUCAGGGUGCUGCACAAGAAGAUGAAGGCGAUCCUGGGGGAGGACCCGAAGUCGACGACAAACUCGGUGAUCGGCCAGAUUCCCGACGAGACCCCGCCCCCUCCACCGCUCUCCGACGCCGCCAAGGAACGCGAUACGCCGUGCAAUACGGCCGAAGGACGC